CGCCCUUUCAACACGCGAAGCUUGCUCUAAAAAUCUGAAUCCCGUGCAACUGUGCGGUGCUUCGAGCCAAGAUGGUGACGUCGUCGACGAAGCAACGAUCGCGGUGCUUCUUUGACAUCACAGUCAAUGGAACUCUCGCUGGAAGGAUUAUCUUUGAGCUGUAUUCUGAGAUCUGCCCCCUGACCUGUGAGAACUUCAGAGCCCUUUGCACUGGAGAAAAGGGCAUCGGCAAGACAACUGAGAAACCCUUGCACUACAAGGGUACGCCGGUUCACAGAGUUGUCAAAGAUUUUAUAAUUCAAGGAGGAGACUUCAGUGCAGGAAAUGGAACAGGGGGCGAGUCUAUCUACGGCGGAACAUUUAGUGAUGAAAAUUUUGAUUUGAAGCAUGACAAGUCAUAUUUGUUAUCCAUGGCCAAUCGUGGCAAAGAUACAAAUGGUUCACAGUUCUUCAUCACGACCAAGCCUGCGCCUCAUCUUGAUGGCAUUCACACUGUGUUUGGCCAGGUGUUACAGGGUGUAGAGGUCGUGCUGGAGAUUGAGAACCAGAGGGUCGAUAACAAAAGCCGCCCCAUGACAGAUGUCCGCGUCUCAAACUGUGGGGAGCUCAUCUUGAAAAUCAAAGCUAAAGAACCCAAACAGAAGAAGAAAGUGGCUUCAUCAUCAGAAGACGAGUCCUCUUCUGAAGAAAGCACCUCCUCUUCAGAAAGCGAAGACGAAAAAGCCAAGAAGAAAAGGAAGAAGAGAGAAAAGAAGGAGAUGAAGAAUUCCAAGAGAGAAGAAAGUGCCAAGGUAGAGAAGAAACAGCCCUCAUUUCAGAGCGAGUUGGCGUCUCACGUCAACAUCAACCCAGAGCAGAUUCCAGACGUUCCAACCAACUCAUUUUUGCUCAGGAGAAGUCCAGAGAAGAAUAAUGGGAAUCAACGCAUGCGUCGGAUGACGAAUCAAGUCAGGACAAAAUCUGGACGCAAGGUUAAAGGGAGAGGGAUGAUGCGUUAUCGAACCCCUUCACGAUCUCGCUCUCGGAGUACAACACCCCCUCACUGGCGGGCCGAGGAGAGGAAGUACAUGGCCGCUGAUCGAUGGCAGCCGCCUGGACGACGGAACAGCUCCCUCGACGCCAAGUGGGAGAGGGGAGCUGACCUACAACCAGCCUCGGGAGAUAACAAACGUGGCAAUCUUCAAUCCAGGCUGGAUCGCUCAGCUGACCGCGCAAACCGUGGCAGCAGAGAUAACGGUCUGGGACGUCAGAGAGAGUUCGGACAGGUAGAGCAGCCAGGAAGAGCGAGAAUGGAGAGAGAGCGGGGGAGACAGGUCCAGGGAAGAAGAGAAAAUGUGGCAGCAGACGCCAAAGCCGACAGGGGUAAAGAGACGGAAAAGGAGAAAAAACACAAGAAAGACAAAGACAAAUCCCAUAAGAAGCACAAGAAACACAAGAAGCACUCGGACAAAGACAAAGGGAAACCGCACAAAAGUGACGCUCUGGACAGGAAGAGAGCGCCCUCUCCCAAGGCUCGCUCUCGCUCCCACUCCCCAUUGACGAGGAAGAACAGGGGUCGAUCUCCAGGGAGGGAGAGGGAUGUGGGCGGGGCAAGCCGGCGUCGCCAUUCGAGCCCCUCCCCGAGGGAUGGCAGACGGAAUGCUUCUAACCGAGAAAUGGGUCUGAAGAAUGAUAACAAAGUUCGUAAAUCCAAGUCCUUGAGCCCUCCGCCGAGUCGCUGGAAGCCGGGCCAGAAACCAUGGAAAUCAACUGAUGACAAACAGGAUUCAGGAAUGAUGAGGGCACAUCGAAUUCCUGCCUUGAGGAGUCCUUCUUCCUCUCCAGCCUCUAGCGUUGGACGACGCUCCCCAUCACCAAUCCAGUUGAGAAGGCAUGGACCCAAUCAGAGUCCAUCCCCCAGACAUCUGAGUCCAUCCCCCAGACAUCUGAGUCCACAACACGACCACAGUCCCUCCAGGUCUCCUCUACCCUUAUCAACAAGCAGACAAACCUGGCCGACCAGCCCAUCCGAACGAGUCAAGCUGGCCACUCUAGCUCCACCAUCCUCCCCUCCUAACGACAAGGGGCGAUCAGGGAAAGAUAAACCCUCUCGCCCGAGCUCAUCCAGCGGGGAAGACUCAUCGGACGAGGAGAGCAGUGACGGGGAGCGGAAACUCAACACCGGGGAUCCGUACUCGACCAAGAAUCGCAAGAAGUACCAGAAGGCGACCGAGCAACGCAAACGGAGCCCUACUCUGAAGGAGCGCUUCCAGUGGCAGCCACCCUCAGAGGACGAGGCAGAAGCCGGGGCAGUGAUAGUUGCAGCUGAGGGGCGGGAACAAAUCAGUCUGGAGAGUGCAACCCAGAAAAACAAGUCUGUUAAAAAUGUGGAACCAAAUCAGGAGAAGUACUCCAGCAGUUCGGAGACCAACGGAACCGAGGAUGAUGACGCAGCAGGCCUGAAGAUGCUGGAGAAGCAACGCACCGACUUGGAGGAACGUCUCGCUGCUCUUACUUCUCAAAAUCGCAAGAUUCAGGAGAUGAUGGGAGGCCCGGGCACAUCCGACGAGGGUAACCCCGAAGGAUCAUCAGAUAAAAAGGCUCAUUCUCCGUCUCGCUCCCAACCCACUGAGAUGCCAGUUUCUUCUGGGAUUUCCUCUCAAACAAAGAAAUCCUCCAGUCCCGAUCGUCGACGAAGCCCUAGAGAAUCUGGCCCAAGUUCUGUGCAGAAGGAACAGCAAUCUGAUGACAGAGACGAAAGACCAUCUCGCAAACGAGGCUACUCUACAAGCAGCAGAAGCAGAAGCCCUCCCAAGCGAAGAGCUCGCAGCCGAAGCGCUUCUCGUAGUCCACCACCAAGACGAGAGAAGAGAGCUAGCAGGUCAGCUUCACCCCCGAUACGGUCUGCCAGGUCACCCAGGAGGUCACCAAGGCGUUCACCAAGACGUUCACCAAGAAGACCUACCAGUUCAAAAGUGCAGAGGGGUUCCCCAAGAAGGUCUCUGAAGCCAUCAAGAAGGCGUUCCAGAUCCUCAUCCGGCAGUAGGUCUCCUCAGAGAUCUCCAAGAAGGGUUGCUCGUCGAUCGCGGACACCAAGACGGUCUCCAAGAAGGGUCCCGCGGAGGUCACCAGUUAGAAAGUCUAGAAAGUCGAGGUCAUCUUCAUCAUCUCGUAGUCGUUCUCGGAGUCCUCCUCUGAGGAAGCGUCCUGUUCGUCGCUCUCACUCAUCAGACAGAGGUAAAAGCCGCUCUCGAAGCCGAGGAAGACAAACCAGGGACAGGAGACGCAGCCCAAGUAGGGAAAGGCGUAGACCAUCACCACGGCGCCCUUCACCCCGUCGACCCUCACCAAGACGACGUCGAAGAAGUCGCUCCCUAUCCCAUCGUAGGAAAUCAAGAUCUAUCAGCCGAUCAAGAAGAAGUAGAAGCCCGCUUCGUCGUCGUCGCUCCCCCGUGCGUAGUCGAUCGCGUGAUAGAGGGCGGAAAUCACCUCCACGCCGCGACCGUAACCGCCGCAACCGCAGGUCAUACUCUCGCUCCGCGUCGCGAUCAAACUCCAGCAGGUCAAGGAGCCGCAGUGCUGCACGGCGUAAGAGGAGUCGAUCAUACAGCCACAGCAGCAGUCGCAGUAGUUACUCCAGCAGGAGUUAUUCCAGUGGUAGGAGUUGAGUCAAGGGCUGCAUUGGUCCCCAGGGCCAAAUUUCAUAGAGCUGCUUUACCCUUUUAGAGACCAUAGUGGCCACAAGCGGCUUGAACAGAAAUGCCCUUAGCGGCCACGAACGGCCGCAACUUUUGAUCUCCAAUUACAUUAAGAGGUCAAAGAAAAGAUAAUAUUUGGAUAUGAAAUUUGUUAAUGUAUGUUAGCAUAGUAUCCCAAUUUCUAAACACAAAACUUAAUUAUCUGUUUCAUGUUGUUUUUAGUGACAUUUUUACUGACAAAAUUUGAUGAAAUGAACAACAUUAACAAUGUCAGGGCAUUUGUGAUGAUUAUACAGAAGUGAAUGGUUUCUUAAAGGUUAACAAAAAAAGAAGCUAAACAUAACAAAAUUAUG